AUGAAUAUUGAAUUGAAUCUUGUGUUUUUGCUGCAUAAGUUGAUGAAUGAAUUCAAAUCCACAAGCCCUACCUCUCCCACCAGCACUGAAAAUUCUGUCAAGAAUGACAAAAAGAAGAAGUCAAUCAUACCCAAGAUUUUUAGCUCAAAAAGAAGUGGAAGAGGAGGCUCAGAUCUCGAUUUACUCAGACAACAUAGAAGUGAAAUUGUUCUUGAUUUGGAGACGAGGAUUACAGCAAGGAAGCAAGCUUUCAUGGAGGCAUCUCCAAUCAUGAGAAAAAGCUUCUCUGAAAGACAGAGUUCCAGAAUUGAAGGCCUAAACUUAUCAAACUUUGAGCCAUCAAUGGCUCCGCCAACUGAAGUUGAAGAUUUCCGAAUAUUUGUUGCUACAUGGAAUGUGGGAGGGAAGACACCCAACAAUGGCCUCAACCUUGAAGAUUUCUUGCAGGCAGAGGACUCUUCAGACAUAUAUGUUUGUGGAUUCCAGGAAAUUGUUCCUCUGAGUGCAGGAAAUGUUCUGGUGAUUGAAGACAACGAGCCUGCGGCGAAAUGGUUGGCACUGAUUAACCAAGCACUUAACAAGCCUAACCAUAACUCCAUGUAUUCUGAUACAAGCCCAAGUGGUAGUAGUUCAAGAGGCUCAAACAGCCAUAGCUCCAAAGAGUCAAAAUCUCACUUCUUCCACAAACCUUCUCUUAAAGUCCUUAGUAAAAAUUAUAGAACAGACGGUAGCCUUCUCAAGACCUGCAAUUGCCUUGUGGAUUCACCGAUCCGGGACAAGCGCAGGCCGAGGAAGCUGAGUGACAGUCUAAGUAAAUCAGAACUGGGAAUCCUUCAACCUCGUCAAGAUGGCAGUGUAGAUGCCUUCCUUUCAAUUGCUGAUAUAAGUCCCUCGCUGUGCUCGCCCCAGCAGCUUAGGUAUAGUCUCAUAUCAAGCAAACAGAUGGUAGGUAUUUUUGUGUGUGUGUGGGCAAGGAAGGAGUUAGUACGUCACAUUGCUCAUCUCAGAGUCUCCACUGUAGGGAGAGGAAUCAUGGGUUGCCUUGGAAACAAGGGAUGCAUAUCAAUAAGUAUGACAUUGCACCAAACAAGCUUUUGCUUUGUGUGCAGUCACUUGGCUUCAGGUGAAAAGGAAGGUGAUGAGCUCAAGAGGAAUGCAGAUGUGAUUGAGAUUCUCAAAAGCACCCAAUUCACCAGGAUUUGCAAGAAUCCGGUCACUCGAGCCCCGGAAAAAAUCAUCGAUCACGAGCGAGUAAUUUGGCUAGGAGACUUGAAUUACCGAAUGGCAUUAAGCUAUGAAGAAACAAGAGUACUGUUGGAAGACAACAACUGGGACACCCUGCUGGAAAGAGAUCAGUUGAAUAUAGAAAGGGAAGCAGGGAGAGUAUUCAAUGGAUUCAAGGAAGGACGGAUCUUCUUCGCCCCAACCUACAAGUACUCGCAUAACUCAGACUCUUACGCCGGAGAAACUAACAAAUCCAAAAAGAAAAGACGAACACCGGCAUGGUGUGAUAGGAUACUGUGGCGUGGCAAUGGCAUGGAACAAUUAGCUUAUAUUAGAGGGGAAUCAAGAUUCUCCGAUCACAGACCCGUUUGCGCUGUCUUUGCGGUGGCGGUUGAAGUUAGGGCCAAAGGAAACAACAAAUUCAGGAAAGGCUAUUCGUGUGCUGGGGCGCGAUUAGCCUACAAGGAGGACUGCAUUCCCCAAAGACAUAGUUUCUACGAAUUCUAAUCAAAACCUCUGAAACAGAAGUCAGCGGCUAGAAACGCGUCACUAAUGUGAGCGGAGCUAGACCUUUACUUAUAUAUUACUUAGGGUUAUAUGCCAAUCCGACGUGGAGCUAUAAGUCUCGAUAGAAAUAUUUUUAUUUUCUGGUUACUCAUUUAGAGAUAGCGAGCGAGGCAUCAGAAGUUCAAUUCAUAGCUAACUAGACAAUGUUAUGUUUUAUUUCUUGUAUAGGCACAUCAAGCCAUACAUAGCAAAUGACAUAGUUAAUAAGCUAGGAAAUCAAAUAGUCUACAUUGCCAAUGACGUGUACAAAGAAAACAUACAUAUAUUACCUUCAUUUCAACUCUC